AUGAUGUACACCACAACUACAUCGGAAGAGUUUCAGAACAAGUUUUCAAGAUCCAUGGAUGGGCCAAACAAUCAUACCAUCUUUUCAAAACAAUCUACAUCAGCUCAUAAUAACGACCCUAAUCUUUUGAGAACUUCCCAACGCUUUCAAGGUACAGUCUCGAGCAAAGAAGUCAAUGUUUACAGAGGAACUGGAGGUGGAUUCAAAUCAAACAAUAGUUGCUUCAUUCCGACCGACAAUGAAAUUCCAGUUCAACCAGUUGCUCGAUGGAGGGAUCGCUUAAUUGAUCCUUCCUAUCAUCCUUCAGACCUUACAAUGACCCAAUCCUCGUUCAAUAAGCACUCCAGUUUGAUUAAGGAAAAGGAGCAUGCACAAACUCUCGUCCAAACACUACAAAAGGCGUCUGGUGGAAACCAUUCACUCCAUGAGGAUCCUCUCCUUUCUUCUCAUCCAACAGGAUACAAGAGUAAUUACAAAUCGAAAAAUAUUGUUUCUGGAUGCACCUACCCUGAACAUUUGGAAUUGACUACAAGUCAUCAUGUGAGUGAAACAAAGGAUAAUUUCAAGUAUUGUGACCCUUAUCAAUAUUCUCAAUUUAUGUCUACUCUCAAGAACUAG